UUCGGGUUACCCCCCUUUGUUCAACGCGCUAUUGGGUUUUCGACCCUUCGUGCCUCCCGUCCGAUACGCGUUUCAACUCAAGGCCGCCAACUUCGUAUGCCGGCAUCCUCCUCCCUCCCCUCGCCUCCGACAUCUUCCUCCUUCCCUUCUCCGUCCCCCCUACAUCACACGCCCGAUCCUUACGAUGGCAUAAUCAUUGAUCCUCAGCAACUACCGAAGGACCCAUGUAUUUUUGCACAGCAUUUGACGGAAUCAUUGGCGGCCUGGCGUCUCCAGCAUCGACGCGGCAUCUGGCUGAAGCUGCCCCUGACCCUUGCUUCCCACGUGCCCGUGGCGGCAAGCUCGGGGUUCGUCUUCCAUCACGCCGAGCAGGACUACGUGAUGAUGACCCACUGGCUGGAGGAGGGGAAGCCCUGCACCUUGCCGCCCGGGCCCACACACCAGGUGGGGGUGGGUGCCCUCGUACUGGACAAGGGCGGGAAAAACAUCCUGGCCGUGCAGGAGAAAAGCGGGCCUUUGAGGGGCACAGGCGUCUGGAAGAUGCCCACCGGACUCCUGGACGUCGGGGAAGAUAUUGGCGCGGGCGCCGAGCGAGAGGUAAAGGAGGAGACCGGGGUGUCGGCGCGCUUCAAGCAUCUGAUCGCCUUCCGCCAUGCCCACGCCUUCGCCUUCGGGAAGAGCGACCUCUUCUUCCUGGCGCGCCUGGAGGUGGAAGACGACAGCAGUCUGCAGCCCUGCCCCCACGAGAUCGCCGCCUGCGACUGGGUGCCCCUCUCCCUCUUCCUCUCUCAGCCCCGUUUCCUCGCUUCCCCCCUCUAUGCCUGCGUCUACGACCUGUGCCGUGACGCUUUACCGGAGAACGAGGGGAAGGCAAGGCCUGUGACGGCCAUCAUGGGCACGCAAUUGGAGCUAGGCUUCAAGCCUGGGGCGGCCUGGCUAUACCAUACUUCAGAGUGGCACCAUGAGAAGCACGGUGGAAAGGGCGAGGGGGAGGACGGCUUGGAGGAAGGGAAAGGGGCAAAGAAAGGGGCUGGGAACCACGAGCGGGGGUGACUAGAUGAGGAGGGCUUUACAAGCCUGAGG